AGGUAUUAAGAUUCCCUCAGUAUACUCGUACAGCUGUGUGUAGUUGCUAACCAAAACAUCUCUAACCUCUCAAAGUGAACGCGCAUCAUCUGUGAAAAUUUCUACAAAAUAACGAAAAUGAGUACACUCUCUGAACUAGACGCUUCAUAUUUAAAAUCAAUAAAUGCACUACACUCCAAAGACCACCUACUCAAUAGUAAACCAUCGCUGCAAACGUAUCUUGAAGAAGCAAUUAAAAGCAAAACAGGCAAAGACUGCAACCUUACAGCUAUGGUGCAAACUUUGAUGAAACAAUCAGGUGUAGAGAUGUUAAAUACGGCAAUGGAUGAUGUCAAGGCAACUUCCACUUCAGAUAAUGAACUGGAAUUGGAUUUGUUACUGAAAGAAGACCUGGCUUGUGUAAUUUGCCAAGGUAUGGAUGUUGGAGCUCGUAAUCGAUUACUUGAAUGCUCUGACUGUCAUGCACUUUACCAUCAAGAAUGCCAUCAGCCUUCUGUAACACAACAGGAGGCAGAUAAUGCAUGGGUUUGUGCAAGUUGUAAGGAAGUUAGAAAAGCAAAGAAGAGUCCCACACACUCUUCCUCUUCAUCAUCUACACAUAUUUCUUCUAAACCUAAAAGCAGUUCUAACUCACCAAGGCAUUCGAGUGACAAGGGUGAUAGAAGUGAAAGAGGUGAUAGGAGUUCAAGUAGUGGAUACAAAUCAAGUUCAUCAAGCUCAUCUAAAUCUGGUUCUAAGAGUGGAUCAAGUAGUAGCAGUGGAAGCAAAUCAUCUUCAUCAUCAAGUAAAAGUAGUUCUUCAAAGCACACACCAGUUACUACAAGUAGCUCUAUUGUAAGUGCUGAUAAAAGGCUUCAGAACAUGAAGAAAAAAGCUGCUAAGUUGCAUGAGAAGAAGAAAUUACCACGAUGAAUUAAUUUAGACUAUUAAAACAUAUAUUUUGUCUUUUACUUUUUCAACUAGUUCUAAAUUUAGAGCUAGAUAUUGACUGAUGAACCGAUGCUAUAGACAUGAUGAUAUAGUUUUUGAUUUUGUGUUCAUUGACUGUUUCAACAGUUUUAUACUAAAGUAUAUUGCAUUAAUGUAUUACUAAACAUACAUUCAUUCAUUUUACUCAAAUAAAGGUAUACAGAGAAAUAAAUGAAAAUUGUUGAAGAA